AUGGAUUCCAAUCUUUUGGAUAGUCUUCUGGAUCUGGAGGAGGAGUUCUACAAUGAGGGUUAUGAGUUGGGCACCGCGGAUGGAGCGGAAUCGGGGUAUACCGAAGGCAGCGUCUUCGCCGUUGAAAAAGGAUUCGAAAAGUUCGUUGAGAUGGGACGCUUGUAUGGCAAGGCUCUAGUCUGGGCGCAACGACUUGAACAGAAGCAAUCCAGCGCAAAGCCUUCGUCUCAAGCGGACAGUGCUUCGGACAGCCUUUCUCUUGAUCCGUCGAUCUGCAAAGAUAUGCCCAGUCUUCCACCCCACAGCACUCGACUGGCUAGGAAUCUGCAAACAAUUCUCGAGCUUGUUGACCCGGCUACGCUGGAUAUGAGCAACACCGAGGAAGCUGUCAACGAUGUGGAUGAGCGCCUGAAGGGUGCCGCUACCAAAGCAAAGCUCAUCCAGCGAGCUAUGGGCGAACGCGAGGACUCAGGCGCGCAGGCUGACGCUAAGGACAUGCAAGCAUCCGGAGAUGGCUCUGGCAGUAUUGAAGAUAUCAGCGCAUUGAACAUUCGUCACUGA